AUGAUAGGGUUUUGAAUAGGAGUUGUCUUCAAAGGUUUGACAUAUCUUGCCGUUGCUUUGAUAAUAUACAUGGUCUACAAGGUGCUAUAUAAGCCAUGGAGGUUUAGACAGAGAUAUAAAGGCUAUGCAAAUGUACAUGUUUCACCUAAAUUCAUCCCUGUCUUGGGAGAUAUUAGCUUUUUCAUACAAGAUAUUAAGCAAAAUAGAGUUUUCUACGAUCAUCUCAAGGAUCUUCAAGUUGAAAUGACAAAGAAGAACACUGAUCUCAAAGCAGAAACCAUUGGCAUUGACCCUGUUAUCGGCAUUGUGUCUCAUAAAGCAUUGAAAGAAGUCUUAGAUCAGAGUCCGAAGAAGAUUGACAGAGCUGAUAUUGACAACACUGAUUUCUUAAGAAGAGCAAGAAUGAAAAUGGCUUAUGGAUGCUACACUAAUUCUCCUUCCACUAAUCGUACUCUUAAUAGAAGGAAGUCUACUAGCAAGCUUUUUGGAAUGAAUAAAAUAUCCAAGCAUGUGCCAAUGAUCCUUCAGAACUCACAGAGAAUCUUAAAGGAAAUGAAGCAUCAAGGAACUGUUGAUAUUAAGGGCAUCAUGGCUUUGUGUCUCAACAGAAUACUUAUGAGCAUCUUGCUGGGCAAUGAUUUUGAAACAAAGAUAGAUGCUACUCACCAGUAUUUAUGUAACGAUGGGACGACCAAGCAGCUUGAUAUCUGUAACUUCUUUGCAAAGUUCACGAUGGAUAUGACUAGUGAAUCAGGUAACCUGUUGACUAUCUUAUUUCCUAUCUUAAAUGUGACAAACAUUGUGAAUCCUUGGAAAAGAAAUCAUAAGAACGCAAUCACUCUUAAGAAUAUAAUGCAGCAAAUCAUUGCUAGAUCUGAGGAUAAGGACUCUUUCUGGAGUCAGAUUUCCCAGCUGAAUGAGUUUACUGAUGAAGAGAUCUUGGCAGAUCUGAUGAUCAUACUAACUGCAGGCUCUGAGACUUCUUCCAAUUGCUUUGUGGCUAUCUUGUAUUAUUUGAAGAAAUUUCCUGAAGUGAAGCAGAAAUUAAUUCAGGAGCUGGAAAAGAUUGGCAUCACUUCGGAUUGUGAUGUUGAGAAAAUGAUAACGGCUGAUAAUUUACAAGAAUGUGAUUAUCUUGCCAAUGUUGUCAGAGAAGCCUUAAGAAUUGAUCCUCCUUUGGCUUUCACUCUCUGGUAUCAAGCAUACGAGGAUACACAAAUAUGUGGAGUCCCUAUUGACAAAGGCACCAUCCUCAGACAAGAAGUUGUUGGCCCCAACAACGAUCCAAAUGACUGGCUCGAUCCCCAUGUGUUUGAGCCAAACAGACACAACCCUGACUCUGAGUUUUACAAGAAAUCCCAGCAAGCAGGCAAGAUUGCAAAUGCAUACUCGAAGAGGACUUUCGGACAUGGAGCGAGGGCAUGUCCAGGAGCUCUGUUGGCAUCUCUGGAACUAAAAGUAUUUACAGCAUUCUUUCUGACUCAAAUGGAGUAUGAGGUAGAAAAGGAGGAUCUAGAAAAUGACCACAUCGGUUUUGGUAUUGGUAGUUUAUUCAGCCCAAAGCUCACAGUUUCUUAA